AUGUAAGAAUCCUAGUAAUCACUAUGGUAGGUAACCAAGAUAUAUAAAUAACUUGGUCAUUAACAGUGUGUUGGUGCUACGUGAAUCUUUCGGUUGUUAGAGACAUUUUGAUUCAGUGUCAACUCAGGUGACAGCCAUUGGUGGUCAAUAUGGCGCUAACUUUUUUUGUAAAGUUACAUAACCAACAAGUUCUUGACACACUGAGGGUUGGUGACCGAGUGAAAUUUGAUAGAGGACUCUACACACACUGGGGAAUUUACGCUGGUUUCGGACAGAUUAUUCAUCUGGCAGGCGAGGACGAUGACGGCAUUGGCGCUAAAUUUAACAGCACUAACCUCUUCAGUAUCGGAGGCAAACUGUUCGCUAAAGCGGAAGUACGAAUUGAGGAUUUCUGGAAAGUCGUCGGGACAGACACAGCUGAGAAAGACAAUAGUCUAGAUACAAAAUGGAGAGCCUUUCAUCCCCAAACUAUAGUGCGCAAUGCCAGGGAGAAAAUCGGGGAAAUAGGUUACAACAUUAUCUCAGCUAACUGUGAACACUUUACGAACUGGUGCAGGUAUGGACAAUGCAAAAGUGAACAGGUAGAAAAUGUGCUGACCGGCGUUGCAGUGGGUGCAGGGAUAGCGCUGGGUGCCUUUGCCAUCUACGCUUUGUCUACACUCGCCAAUGCCAAAGAUGAAGAAGAAGAAGAAGAGAAUUACUAAAGAGGACGCCUGACGUGAAACAGUUUUAUUUAAGAACAAGCUAGACUUCUAAAUCUGGACACACAUAUGUACUAAACAUUUCUGAAUUUGAAACCAAAAAAUUAUUGUUGUUGUUGUUAUUAAAAAUUAAAAGUUUUAGCGACCAAACAAAAUAA